AUGGAUGCCGAUGUCGAUGCGAUUGAUGUCGAUGAUGAUGAUGACGACGAUGCUGGAAUAUUCAGCAUCGCCAAUGACCGCCAAAGUGAGGACGAUGACACCCUCACUGGUGCAGAAAACGUUCUUUAA